CACUUUGGUUCUACGUUGCAUUAUUUAGGUUUGCGUUCAGUAUCUUGAGUUAACUGAUCGGUGUUGAUGCUGUGGGGGAAUAUGCUGAUGCGCAAAAGGAGUCUCCAUCCCUCUCCUCACAGAGUGGAAGCUGGAUGUGUUGCUCCAGAGGUGCCUCCAGCAUAAUGCACUGUGGAAGUUGAGGUAUUCGUGCAAUUUUCUACUUUACGCCUCAGUAAAGCCUCAUAGAUGAUAUUUCUCUGCGCGACUUCAUGGAUUUGGUUCACUGAGGACCAUCUGAAGCACAGACAUGGCUGUGUCAAAUAUGGUGUUCUCUGACGUGGAAAGUUUUCUGGACUCGCAUCCAGAGUUAUUUGAGGACUACCUGAAUAGAAAGGGAAAUUAUACUAUGGUGGAGAAAUGGCUCAAGAAUCACCAGGCGAGCAAGAGUCCGGCGGCUGCGACUCACGCCGAACCGAGAGAGGAGAAGAUCAACCCGUGUAAGGACAGCUGGGCGAGCAAAUGUGACGGUCUGCAGCGGAGAGCGUCUCAGAAAGAGCUGCGCAAAACUUUCGCCAGAUCCAAGGCAAUUAAUGUCAACAGGACAUACGACGAACAUGUGAAUUCCAGGGCACAGGAGCCACUGACGAGCAUGAGGAGGAGAGCUCUGUUGAGGAAAGCGAGUUCUCUGCCCCCAACCACAGCGCACAUACUGAGCGCGCUGCUGGAGUCCAGAGUCAACAUCCCCCAGUACCCGUCCACGGCCGUGGAUUUUAAAUAUUACCUCAAAGAGCACAACGAAAGAGAGUUUUUCCUGGAGCUUGUAAAAGACAUCUCUAACGACUUGGAUUUAACGAGUCUUAGCUACAAAAUCCUCGUGUUUGUCUGUAUUAUGGUGGAUGCAGACCGGUGCUCCUUGUUUUUAGUAGAAGGAACUGGCAACAAGAAAACACUUGUGUCCAAAUUCUUCGACGUGCAUGCAGGUACCACGGUUUUACCUUCAAUGAACUCAGAUGAAGUUCAAGUGCCGUGGGGUAAAGGGAUCAUUGGCUAUGUGGCUGAACACGGAGAGACAGUGAACAUCCCUGACGCCUAUCAGGAUCGUCGCUUCAGUGAUGAAAUUGACAAGCUGACAGGAUACAAAACCAAGUCACUUUUGUGCAUGCCCAUUCGCAACAGUGAUGGAGAGAUCAUUGGAGUUGCUCAGGCCAUUAACAAGACUCUAAGUGGAGAACUCUUCACUGAAGAUGAUGAGAAGGUGCUACAGAUGUAUCUUCCCUUCUGUGGCAUUGCCAUCUCCAAUGCUCAACUCUUUGCAGCCUCGAGGAAGGAGUACGACAGAAGUCGGGCACUUCUGGAAGUAGUCAAUGACCUGUUUGAAGAACAGACUGACCUGGAGAAAAUUGUCAGGAAGAUCAUGCACCGUGCCCAGACACUGCUUAAGUGUGAGCGCUGCUCUGUUCAGUUGCUGGAGGACAUUGAGUCACCGGUUGUCAAGUUCACAAAGUCCUUUGAGCUACUGUCCCCAAAAUGUAGUGCAGACACUGAUAGCAGUUUCAAAGACAGUAUGGAGAAAUCGUCUUAUUCAGACUGGCUCAUCAACAACAGCAUUGCAGAGCUCGUGGCAUCAACAGGACUACCCGUGAACAUUAGUGAUGCCUAUCAGGAUCCUCGCUUCGAUGCUGAGGCAGACCAGUUCUCUGACUUCCAUAUCCGGUCUGUGCUUUGUGUUCCUAUAUGGAACAGCAACCACCAAAUCAUUGGUGUUGCCCAAGUGCUGAACAGGCUUGAUGGGAAACCAUUUGAUGAUGCAGACCAGCGUCUUUUUGAGGCAUUUGUGAUCUUUUGUGGACUCGGCAUCAACAACACCAUCAUGUACGACCAGGUGAAGAAGUCUUGGGCCAAGCAGUCUGUGGCUUUGGAUGUUCUGUCUUACCAUGCCACUUGUUCCAAGACUGAAGUUGACAAAUUCAAGGCUGCUAACAUUCCCCUGGUCUGCGAGCUGGGCAUUGGUAAGCUCUCCUUUGAUGAUUUCUCCCUGGAUGUUGACGCCAUGAUAACUGCUGCUCUGAGAAUGUUCAUGGAGUUAGGAAUGGUGCAGAAAUUUAAGAUUGACUAUGAGACACUAUGCAGAUGGCUGCUGACUGUCAGAAAAAACUACAGAAUGGUUCUCUACCACAACUGGAGACAUGCAUUCAACGUCUGCCAGUGCAUGUUUGCCAUGCUGACGACGGCAGGUUUCCAGGAGAUGCUAACAGACGUGGAGAUCCUAGCGCUUAUUGUAGGUUGUGUGUGCCAUGACUUGGACCACAGGGGCACCAACAAUGCUUUCCAGGCCAAGACGGGUUCAGCCCUGGCUUUGCUUUAUGGGACCUCUGCUACACUGGAGCACCACCACUUCAACCACGCCGUUAUGAUCCUGCAGAGCGAGGGUCACAACAUCUUCUCCAACCUCUCGUCUACAGAAUACAGCAAUCUCAUGCAGCUGUUGAAACAGUCGAUUCUGGCCACAGACCUCACACUUUACUUUGAGAAUAGAAACAUGUUCUUUGAGCUUGUCAAGAAGGAAGAGUACAAUUGGAACGUAAAGGCUCAUAGAGACAUGUGCAGAUCCAUGAUGAUGACAGCAUGUGAUCUUGGCGCUGUCACAAAGCCCUGGGACAUAUCACGCAAGGUUGCAGAGUUGGUGACGAGCGAGUUCUUUGAGCAAGGUGACAGAGAGAGAUUGGAGCUGAAACUCACGCCCUCUGCCAUUUUUGACCGAAACAGGAAGGAUGAGUUGCCAGGGCUUCAGCUGGAAUGGAUUGAUGGAAUCUGUUCGCCGCUCUAUGAGACUCUGGUCAAGUUGAAUCCUAAACUUCACCCAAUGCUUGACAUGAUCAGAGCAAACCGGGCCAAAUGGGAGGAACUGAACCAGAAGAGACAAUGUGGCCAUAGUGUUUCUGCACCUGCGAGCCCCUGCAGUGGUGACAGCACAGAAACCAGCGGCUGCACCGUGGCAAAAACUGGCAGCAUGCCCUGCUGCAGCGGCAACACUGAUGGCACAUCGAAGGCAGCUAGUUAGCUUCUGCUGGCAAGCUGAUAUCUUAGGUCUAUUUUCUCCUAAAUGCUGUCUGCAGCAGAGGCAGUGCAGUGCAUGCAGAGGUUCUUGGGCUCUGCUCCUCUUCGCUUUUGCUACUUAGAGAUGAGCUUUAGACUGGAGUGUGGCGCUAACAUAGAGGUUUUUCUGCUUCCUUCAGAUUCUUUGUGCUGAAGGCUGAGAGAGCUGUGUUUAGCAAGUUUGUUGGAGCAGCUACAAAUCAGCUGAUGACAGCAUGUCAGAAGUAAAUCAAACCACUGUGUCAAUAUGUCAACUAACACCAACUAUCUUGGGCAUUGGACAGAUUAUCUUUUGCAAAAGACAUGGAGCAUAAAGUUAGUCUCUACUGUGGAUGUUUUGCUCUUGCUAUCUCUUUAUUGCUCGCAUUUUGUCCAAGGGUAACAUUUUUUGUAAAUCUGUAAAUAGGCUAUUGAGUUAUUUACAAGUGCUGUUUAAAAAAAAAAAAAAACUACAAAAAACUGUAUGCACUGGACUGGAUUGUAAUGUGACUGUAUGAAAGGGUGCAGGGACAACAGUGCUUGCAAUGCAAAUUGAAUUCUCCCUCCCUUCCUGUGCCUUGUUUUAAGAUCCUAAUGAAAAAUGCAUGGCCUCUUUGCUGAGGUUUUUACAUAGUAUGGAAAUCCAUGUUGAUCCAUGCUGUUUCUGCCAUAAUUUCUAAAACCAAUGAGUACAGUUAUGCCCAUUGUUAGCCACAAGAAUUAACAUAAUUUACAUACGGAUAUAUAUUUUGCCCAGUUUUAUAAAUGCAGGUUCACACUUGUCUCUCUCACACACAAUGUGCCUUGAGAAAGUUGUUCUGAUGUUAAAUUAAUUAUUGCAGGAUUAUUCAGCUAUAUUGGUUUAAUACUGACAGCUGUAAGCUAAAACUCAGUGUCACAUAUCAUUUAAAAAGUGGUGAUUAGCAUUUUUAAGAGCUACGUUAUUAUUUUUUUUAUUUUAUUGGAAAUUCAUAUUACUACAGGAGCCCUGUAUCUGGUAAAUAUAGGGUUGCCAUUAACAGUUGGUUAGCUCAUCUUAGAGUUAAGACUAUAUAGCAUGGAAUUAGCCUGACUCUGACUAAAAUUAACAAUAGUGAUUGACUAUUGCAGCAUUAAGCUCACUGGUUCAUUUGAACAGAAAACCACACCAUCUUUCUGCAAACCACAGAUGCAAACAACUGCAAACUUUAGCAGUAAAUGUUCCAGCAACAUGCACAAAUGUACAUCUUAUCAAUCACCUAUUUGUGAAGGUCAGAGAUGGUGAACAGUGGGAUGAGCUGACAUCCAGCCCACGAAAUGAGACCAAUAUUCCGUUUUUGCACAUGUUGUCAAAUCAAAUUAAACUUUAAUUUAUAUAGUACUUAUUAUACAAAAGCAGCACAAAGUGCUUUACAUAAAAACUAUUUUUAAAUAUAUAUACACACACAGACCUUCACAUGCACAGAACUAUAAAUCAUCUAAGUUCAAGAACACACACCUGAUCAUACUCUCUUUUUCACACACACUAUUCUCAGGUUAAGUCAAGUCUCAAAUAGUGUGGGAAUAGUACAGAACAUAUUAAUUUUAAACUUUUUCAAAUUAAAUUAAAACUCAAUAAUUUAAUUAAUCUAGAUCCAAUACUUGCAGGCCCAAUAAAAUUUCCUUACAUUCCUAAAUCAGCAACAGCUGUUUCUAAUAAACAAGUCCAGUAAAACCACAUUUCCAGUGGGUCUGAUCCCAGUUUAACGUGAUCAUGUAAUUUGUUCAGUAAAUGUUUAAUUCUUAAUUCAGUGGAGCCAGUCUGACGGUACAAAGUAGUAACAAGCAAACCUUUACACCGCUGUGGUGCUGAGGUCGUUGCUAACCUGAUGCUAACAUUAGCUUUCAUAUUACAGUGACUAACCUCUCCAGGUGUGUUUAAAGGUGGAUGAAAAUGGAUGUGGUGGAUCCAGUGUCCUGGAUUUUAUACCACAGAUGUUCGAGUUUGCUGCUCUUAUAUUGGUCCCUUUUUAUUAAGUUUUUAAUACCCAAAUGUUUGAUUGAUUGUGCGUGCACUGUGGGCGCGUCUGUGUGAUGUUGCGUCAGUGUUACAUCUGCACAAAUAAGAUAGCAAAUUGGACAGAGAGAAAUAAAUAAAUAAAUAAAUAAAAUAUAUCUAUAUAUAUAUAUGUAUAUAUAUAUACAUAUAUAUAUGUAUGUAAUCAUAAUGCAAUCGUUCACAAGUCUCAAAUCGCAAGUCCGAGUCGAGUCUCAAGUCACCGGAAAUGCAAACAAACAUCCAAACAGCCUGAGAUUAGUGUUGAUUAUUUUUCUAUCAGUAAUUUAUUCUAUUAGGUUUCCAUUUCAUUAAUAAGUCAUAUCUAUGUCUGAUGUGCCAAAAGAUUAAGUAUCUCUUGAUUUGUGAAACCUGCCCUGAAUUACAACUAUACAAGAUGCUCCACCACCCUCAUUUUAACAAUGUUCCUCUUCCAAAAGAACUGGUUAAAAUAUGACUUUAUUCUCGUGAAAUUAUGACUUUAUUCUCGAAGCCUGUGAAAAGAUACUUUUCUUAAUAUGGCCCUAAUACUAUGCCAUAUAUAUAAUAUAGUUCCCCUGGUGGUCCCAUCAUAUUUUACAAUUGUCAAAACUACAAGGAUUUCCUGCAUCUGUCUACAGUAGGAAACCAGUUGAAAAUGGUGAAAUCCAGCAAAAAUGUCAAAUAUAACUGCUUUUCUUUAAAAAUGCUGACAUUAUAGAAUGAAUUGUUUUAAACUGUAAUGACAGUAAGAUUAAAAUAUGGACAGAUGGGACACUUUGGGUUACGGAAAGUUACCAGAGAAAGUGUCUGAUAGUACAUAAAAAAUUACUAAUGAUAUCAAAUCAAUUUUGUUGCUAAUCUUUGACAUAUCCAAAACCCUAAUCACCACCAAAGCGGAAUCCCCGUAAUAUUUAUUUUAUAAAACAUAUUUAAUGUUUUGUAUGUUUUUUUUAAAUAAAUAAUUAUUCAUUCAAAUAUUUAAUCUGGCAUUGAAAGGGGUUAAAUCUUAAAAAUUAUUAAAUAUUUGGUAGUUUUGAGCAAGUCUGACAGUGUUUUAUGAAAAAAAGCUGAAAACUACUGAUGUAUGAUGAUUAAAUAGCAUUUUUUUUUGUGCAUGUACAUUUUUGCCACAAGAGUCCCCAGAGAGGGUUUCUGACACUACAUAAAAAAUACAAAUGAGAUCAAGUCAAUUUUGUUCCGAGUCUUUGACAUAUGCAAGUGUCUAAUCACCACCAAAGACCCAUCCCUAUUUAUUAUAUGUAAAAUAAUUCAUAUGGCAUUUAAAAUGUUAGAGUUCCUUUUUUUAUUUUUUUUUUUUGAGCA